CGCCCCCUUUAGAUUAAGAGCGUUUUGCAGUUGUUUCCUGCUUGUUUUUUGAAGAGACGUCGUCAUAUUUCACUUCGCAUUUGCUGUUGCUUUCCAAAGAGGCCAACAAGCAGAAAGUUCAUGUCCGAACAGAAGGAGAAGCCUUUGGCGGAGCAGCCAACGCCCGCUGUCAAACCCACGCUGGACGAAGAUGAAGAUCUCAAGAAGCCGCUUCGCCUGCGAAACUUCACAGGGACGGAGCAUACCCUGCUCGUGGACCCGAACAAAGUGAAGCAGAUCCGGGACAUCUACGGCCCAGAGUUCCUCUCCCUAUUCUUCGACGCGGAGCGGGAUCUCUUUCCACCCACGUCCCUUGUCAAGUGGAUUCAAGUGCGGGAAUAUGUGGGAAGUGCCGAAAUUCGUGAUGCAGAUGAGAGCAGUCCGCUCGGCGAGAAGUCGGAAGGCAGUCAGCAAGACUUCAGCUUCGACGAGGAUCACGACAUGGACAUCGUGGUGGGGGGCUUGUCGUCCUCCACGGACGCACUCCCAACUGAUGAAAGAGCUCCGCCAACAACCACCCACACCAUUGGCCGCGCGCCAUCUAGCGCAAGCGACCAGAGUCCUAUCGUGGAACGGAAUCUUCAUGCAAGUGCUGUGAAUCAGACUCAGAGUCAGGCUCAGGGCCAAGAGCUGCUGCACACGGACGCCGCGACCACCAACAGCGACAAAUCGCCAGCCGGUUCCGCGGACGAUUGUUUUCUUCAUCCUGACGCGAAGUUAGAUUUCGCACCUACGGUUACGUACCAGUUCGCAAUCGUCAGAAGUUCGCACAAGUGUCUCGCGUAUCGUCCGGAAGAUUACAGUGGAGAGGACGAUAAGGAUGACCCCCGGAUUCAGAUAUUAAGUCCUGCUAGAAGAAGGAGAAACGCGUGGAGACAGCACGUCCGUGAGACCCUCAACAACAGCGUGCGAUCCGUGGAAGACGCCCGCGCCUUCAUUUACGACCAAAGAUACCUCGAUCUUGAAGACCCUUGCCGAGCAAAGCCGGAAGAUGACCUCCGCGCUUGUGUUCCCUUUUCCUACGAGCUAGUCGCCGGACACCGCACUUGCAAAUUGCUCGCCAUUAGUCCCUGGGCGGACCCACACCCCGCGGAAGAUCAUUACGCCUAUUUGUGGAACGUGUGGCGAGCGGUGAUCGAAAUGCCGGUGACGGAGUGGAAGAAGCACCAGCGUCAAACUUCCCAAGCACAGUUUAGUCUUCGUGAUUUCAAUGAUGUUCACGCCUUUCCGGCUUCCCACCGGAGUGCUUUCUGCUUGAUGGUAGCAAACAAAGUAGUCAUCCAUGCGCCGGAUUACUCCGGGCACUAUGACGAAAGGACCCAUGACUUUCCAGACGGGGUGACGCAGGCGGACCUCGUGCAGCUCUUGGACCAAUCACUGCAGAUUGCAGGUGAAGCCGUAACUCCAGCCGACGCAGCAGUCUUGUACGCUCGUUUGCUGGCUUGGAAAACGACUAGACCUGGAGGCGGAGCUGGACGUGGAAGAGUUCUUGACAGCGAGGAACCCCUGUUCUCCUCUCGCUGGAAGCGCGUUUUCGGAGCCGGCUUCGAGGAAGAGACUAAGGCCUUAAUUUUCAGUCCCAAGCGAGAUUACGCUCGAGUGAUACUCAAGCACGUCGUGCAGAAAGGCAAGGAGGUUGCAGUUCCUGCCUUCUUUGCUACUCUUGAAGCGGAGUACAUUGGGAAGACAGCACUGCUGAAAAAAUUUUGGGGAAACAAAUUCGAUCGAGACGACCACUUUGGCUCCAGUUUUGCGGACGAAUUCUUAGACCCCAUUGUCGCUCGCGGUCCCGGACCAGCAAAGGCAAUUCGAAGGACACUUACGGUGGACAUACGCACCCCCGUGUUUCGCUUUCUCGGGUACUGCCGGGAGCUCCAGGAGAUGCUGAACAAGGACUUGGCUGUGAGUUACGACAUGAAGCACAUUAUGCACCCCCUGGAGCGAAUUUCCGAUGCGUUUCUGAAAAGAAGAGACAUUUUGGAAGAACUCGACGAAGCUGGCAUUUUAGCGCUCAUGCGUACCCGAUUCGACAAAAUGACACGGCCGACAGCUCCGGAAUGGCUAGAGGGGAAGACGCUUCAAUGGUCAGACAUCCAAACGGCCCUCUGCGACGUCUUCAAGCCCAAGUCGUAA